UGUCAUGGUAUCUCUUGGACUCAACUGUGCACGAGACAGAAGGGCGCGGAAUAUCUGCGCAAGGAGGUUCAAGGUACGAGUACUCAUUCUGGCGGUUUGCAUGACAGGGCUCAUCUACGUCGCCUGGCGUACGCGAGCGCACUUCUCAAGAGCGCGCAACGCUUGCCGUACACAGAACUGCUCGUCUCUGCGCUGCUUGGGCUGUGCGUUUCCGCAGGUCAAUCGUGACGACGCUUCUCUCGAAAUACUAAACAGCACCGCUCACGUGAAAUGGACCUACGCCGACUCGCUUAAGGACAUAUGCAGAGGAUCCUUGGCCCCGGUUCACUACGUAAUUGCGGUCAGCUCACUACCAAGCGCCGCCUACCAAAGACACAUCAUCCGCGCCGACCUCUGGUACAUACGAAACGCAUCGUCUAGCGUGAAACUGAUUUUUUUCACCGGAAGACCGAAGAACCCGGCGCUACUAGCGCGUGUGAAGACCGAGCGGGACUCGAACGCCGACCUUGUGCUCAGUGACUUCGACGGCGUUCCCGAGAGUGCCUCUCUCGCGACCCUCGUGCUACUGCGUUGGGUUGCCGAGUUCUGCACGGCCGCGCCGUUCGUGAUAAAAAUCACCGACCGAGGCCGUGUGAACGCGCGCUUUCUUCAAGCAUCAUACGACCUCAACGUGAAGCUCGCUGAAGAGUUUGACAUGUUCGGUUCUUUCGUCUCUCUUCACGGCGAAGCGUGCAGUGAACCCGCGGCCCAGCACUCGGUCAGGCGGUGCCCGGAACGCGACGGGUUUCUUUCCGGAUGCGCGUACAUGCUGACACGCAGGGUCGUGCGUCCACUUCUGAAGGCCUCUGGGACUCACCCGCCAGUUCUUCCCGAAGAUGUGUACGUGACAGGAACACUGGCUGAAGCCAUCGGCGCGAGGAGAGGAGAAGCAGCUAGCUUUGAAGGAUGCUAUUACUCAUACGUGAAGCCGAUGCCUUUCGUGCCCCAGAGUGCAUUUUACUGGCUAAGGGACCGAAUGCGGAUUUUUGUGGCGAAGCUGACGCUGCUUUGGCAAGAAAUGCAAUAGCUAGUUUUCAGGCCAACAUGCUAGCUAGAAUAGGUAUUUUGUUCGCGGAACCCAACACUCAGUGGCACAGCAUGUGGCUUUUAGAAGGACUGCCGAAUUUUUACGCAGACCGGAAGUGCUAAAGAUAGACCUGACUUAGGAUGACACACUGUUUACCUUCCCGAGGACUCAGAUUACGAGUGAUCCGUGCUGUUCGUUCUUAAUAGCCAUUUCAUACAUUUCCUACACCCCCUUUUCGUUUUUAUAUGGGGAAAUGCAAAACACCCGUGAUUAUAUUAUAGCCUUUUUUUUUUUUGAAUGAGACUUGCCAGUUCAUUACAGAUGUUUUUCUUACCGAUUUACUUUACCUGUGCAUUGACUUGUAGCACCAUCAAAGUUGGCACUUCAUAUGAAGGGCCGCAUAAGUAAUGAUCCCGUAUGGGCUAAUCAGUAUAAAACAAAAACACCUUCAUAAAUUUGCCUUUCGAAACCUAUUUUCUAAAGCGUACACUUAAGUGCACUC